AUGUGGAGGUUCUGUCGUAAUUCGCUGCCAGUUAGAAAUCUGCUAAGAGGUAGAGGUGUUCUAGUCUCGGUUGGUUGUUCUCUGUGUGUGGGAGAUAUAGAGCAUGUGAAUCAUCUCUUCCUCGAUUGCCAGUUUGCUCAGGAUUGUUGGAGUGAAGUCAAUCUCAACUACAAUGACAGAGAGGAAGAAUAUGCUCAUGAGUGGUUUCUCAAUAUGUUGUCAAAAGCACCAAAUGAUGUUCUGAUAAGAAUCGCCACUGUGUUAUGGGAUAUCUGGUUUGUGAGAAAUAAGAGAGUCUUUAAAAAUAGGUUAAUGUCAGCAGCCUUUGGGAUUCAAUGGAGCAGGAAACAAGUGGAAGAGUGGCAAAUAGCAAAUAAAAAGUAUGGUUCAGUGCAGGUGUAUGGAGAGCAGGAAAUUCAACUGAUCACAAAUGGAGACCUCCACAGGAGGAUCACCUCAAAUUAA